AUGCCAUUGUUCUACGUUUCACCAGAGGUCGCCAAAGACCGCUCAAAGCUGUCCGGCCCAAUUGAACCUGGUUUCUAUGUGUGUGCCGAAGCCGGAAAACGUUUCGAGGUCCGCAUAUCUCCCUUCACUACCAAUGCUUGUAAGCUCACCGCUCCGGAUCAUGACCGAGUUCUUGUUCAUGUGGAAAAAUUGCUAGUAACACGAAGAUCUUCCUUUAAUUCGGGCAUUUCAAUCAGCGUGAGCCAGGAUACUGAGGAACAAACACAUCGCGGAUCUCUGGAUAUUUUGGCCUUACAGAACGUUGUAGGAGCAAUUGAGUUGGCUAGCAUGCCUUCGUCAGACAAUAUUGGUACAAUUACAACCACAUUUACGGGCUGCAGCCGGGGUAAACUGCGAGAUAGUAGAGCCCACAAAGAGAGCUCGUACAAUGUGCAUGGAAAAGCUAAGAUGACUGAGAAAGAGAUGAUCAAGAAGGGUGCGAGUAUUGGCGUAUGUGGUGGUGGGGCGAUCACACUGCGCGAGCGAUGCGCCAAGCACCACUAUCCAGUGGGAAAGCGACAGGUGAUGUCGCAGAAAUCGAUCAACAUAUACAUCCGGGAUAAACUUUGGUUUUUGAGUCGAAGACUCGUGGAUGGGAAGGGUAUACCGACCACUGUGGUGGUGGCCAAGCAAGGUGUGGGUGUGAGACUAACCAGCGUGGUGUGAAGAAUAAUAAUCCGAUCAUCGGUGUGGACGCGUGGAGUGCACAAUAUGUGAGCAAGAGUGAAGCAGUAGGAAGUGGGAAACGGAAGGUAAAGCUAGAAAGGGCCAUAGAUGUCGACGAACCGCCUGGAUUGGACACUUGCAAGAAAAAACCAAAAGGUGAGGUGAUCAAAGGGUGAGGUGAUAGUGCUAGGAUAAACCACUGACCUGGCCACAAAACAACUUCCGUGUCACGUAUAACUUAACGCAGAUAACUUCAUUAACGAGAGUUGAAAUGUGCCGUUGGAGAUUAUCUCUGAGAUAUAUGGUACGACAAGAGGUAUAUGCGACACCAGCAGGUGUAUGCGACAACAAGUGAUAUAUGCGCCAACAACAUGUAUAUGCGCCAACAUGUAUAUGCGACAACAACAGGUAUAUGCGACAACAACAUGUAUAUACGACAACAACAGGUAUAUGCGACAACAAUAGGUACAUGUGACAACCACAGGUACUAUCAUGGCAUACCGUGCUGCUUCACUAUAAAAGGGUGCAGCGACUUUAUCCAGGUCUCUCGGAGUGUCACUGAUGCGUAAACGAGCCACGCUGACGAGUUUGCGGAUAAUUUCAGUGUAUUAUACCUCGAGUGCAAUGACAGAUCUGAAAUACACUUGCAUGUGACAACUGGUGGAAUGGUAUUAUACAGUGACCGACAUGUUAAACCUGAAUUAAG